GAUGUCACUGCAUAACACUCUCGCAGCAUGUCGGAACACCAGCGGGGUCUCGUUUAUUUGCUCACCGGAGGAUGCGGCUUUCUCGGGAAGCAUUUGCUGAGGGUUUUGCUGGAGAAAGAGGACAACCUGGUGGAGGUCCGGGUUUUUGACAAACACAUAGACACAAGUUUACAAGGUCUCAGCACAGAUCGGACAAAGGUGGUAGUCAUUCAGGGGGACAUCACUGACUACAGCAGUGUUUUGGAGGCCUCCCGGGGGGCCGAUGUUGUUAUCCACACAGCCAGCUUGGUGGACGUUUGGCACAAGAUCCCAGAGACCCUCAUUGUGUCUGUCAACGUCACAGGAACGGAGAAUGUGAUCAAUGCCUGUGUGGAGUGUGGCAUCCAGUGGCUGGUCUACACCAGCAGCAUGGAAGUGAUUGGUCCCAACGUCAACGGAGACCACUUUAUUAGGGGCAAUGAAGACACACCUUACCAAGUGAAACACACUAUGGCCUAUCCUAAGAGCAAGGCAAAGGCAGAGAAAAUAUUGCUUGAUGCUAAUGGCACCAAGGUGAAGGGUGGGAAGUGUUUGUACACAUGUUCCCUGAGGCCAACGGGGAUCUAUGGUGAGGGGCACCAACUAAUUAAGGAUUUCUACAAUAUGGGCGUGCAAAGGGGGGGCUUGCUCAUCGGUGGUGUCCCAGAAGACUCUGAACAUGGACGAGUCUAUGCAGGCAACGUUGCCUGGAUGCAUGUACUUGCUGCACGAGCCCUGAGAGAGCGCCCACUGACAGUUGGAGGUGAAGCUUACUUCUGCUACGAUGACUCUCCCUACAAGAACUACGAGGAUUUUAACAUGCAGUUUUUUAGCAAAUUUAACUUCCGAAGGGUCCGCAUGCCCUCAAUGGUGAUCUGGUUCCUGGCCAUGUUUAAUGACCUGCUUCGCUGGAUAAUGAGCCCCUUGUUCAACUACACACCGUUGCUGAACCGUUAUACCUUGGCUGUGGCUUGUACCUCCUUCACUGUCUGCACAGACAAAGCCCUGCGCCACUUCCAGUACCGCCCUCUGUACGACUGGGACCAGUGUAAAGCCCGCACACAGAAAUGGGUUGACACAUUCCCUCUGGAUACAGCAAAAGACGCCUAAUGUUACCUCAAUCACUGCAACACACAUCAGAAGCACCUACCUAAACACGACAGACUCCAGAUAUGGGUGGAGUAACAAGCUAUUAUGUGACAAUAAAAGUAAAUAUAUAUAUAUUUACAGAAU